AUGGGGUUAUUUUCACUGGACCGCACGGGUCGAUCCCGCUUCGCAACAAAUGGUGAGCGGACACCGCUUCUUUCACCACAUACAAGUACUCGUACCGACUUGCUUAGUGACAGCGAGGACAAGUCCGAGAACACCUCUUGCACCUCAACCUCAGAACGACUUCAGGGGUUGGCAUCCGCCCCUUCGAUUAAAAAUCACCAGCGCGCCCAAUAUGCAGACAGGAACAGCUGCAACAGCAGCACUGGCAGUGAUACCCUGCAACCCGAGGUAGAGCAAUCAGAAAAACCAGCAUCUUGGAGCUCGCUUCCCAAAAAAGGGCAGCUGGCAAUUCUGACACUUGCACGGUUAUCAGAGGGACUCACACAAAGCUCCCUGCAAGCGUACCUUUUCCACCAGCUCUCGUCCUUUAACCCGUCCUUACCGGCCUCGAGUGUCUCCGCACAAGUGGGAAUUAUGCUUGGAAUAUUUCCUGCCGCUCAAUUUUUCACAUCAACAUGGUGGGGUCGACUGGCCGAUGCCGGCUACAUGGGUCGUAAAAGGGUCCUGCUCAUCGGCUUAAUGGGCAGUAUGAUCUCAUAUCUUGCAUUCGGAUUCUCCCGGUCUUUGGCUACUGCAGCAAUAUGUCGGGUAUUCGGUGGAUUAUUGAACUGUAAUGUUGGUGUUAUGAGCACUAUCAUCUCGGAUAUCAUUGUAGAUAAGAAGUUUCAAUCACGGGCCUUUUUGUUGCUCCCUAUGUGCUUCAAUGUUGGCGUGAUUAUUGGGCCUAUCAUGGGAGGAUCCUUAGCCGAUCCUGUUCAUAACUUCCCCCACAUAUUUGGGAAAGGCUCCAUACUUGGGGGUGAAGAGGGUGUCUGGUGGAUGCAAAAUUGGCCAUUUGCACUGCCGAAUAUCUUGAGUUCUAUCUUUAUCUUUAUGUCUUUUCUUGCGGUAUUCUUUGGUUUAGACGAGACACACGAGAUCACACGACACCGCUACGACUUGGGAAGAGAUCUAGGGCGCAAAAUCGCUCAAAGAAUUUCUCAGCAACGACCUGAAUACUCCCACCCUUCAACUAGAGCAAGUGAUGAAAACUGCGCCGACCAAGAUACAAGUCUGGUAUCUGCACCACCUAACCCUGCAUCUUCUCAAAUAUCGUUCAAAUCCAAACUGCGUGAAAAUGCAGGCUUCAAGAAGAUAUUGACACGCAAUGUUGUUCUUACUCUUCUUUGCCACUUCCUCCUUUCUUUCCACACAAACGCUGUUCAGGCCAUGAUAUUCAUCUUCUUGCCAAACCCCCGUGCCCCCACAGAUACCUUCACUGACAUGUUCCACUUUAGUGGAGGACUUGGCCUUCCAUCAGCGCAGGUUGGAAUUGCCACCGCUAUAAUUGGCUUUACUGGUCUUCCACUCCAAAUAUUUGUCUACCCCCGUCUCCAACAUAAGCUAGGGACACUCUUGUCGUUGCGUACAUUUUUGCCACUCUCAGCCGUUUCAUAUAUCUUGAUGCCAUUUUUGGUGCUUCUCCCACGCAUACCAGGGGUUUUCUGGCCUGCUCUCACAUUUGUCAUAAUUCUAAAGACAGUCUCCCGCACCUUCAUCCUUCCGGCAACUACCAUUCUAAUUAACAACUCUGUCAGUGACCCAUCGAGUCUUGGGACAAUACAUGGUAUUGCGCAGAGUAUAUCCAGUGCUGCGCGGACACUGGGUCCAAUUAUUGGUGGUUGGGGAAUUGGAGUUGGCCUUAAAAAUAACAUGGUGGGUGCCAUGUGGUGGGCCUUGGGAGCUGAAGCUAUUAUCGGGUGGCUUAUGCUAUGGUGUAUCUAUGAGGGGGAAGGUGCUGCGAAGGACAAAAUGGACGAAGAAGAAGAGAUUUAG